AUGCCGCAGCCGCCACCCAAAAAGGAUGAAAAGGAUAAGAAGGAGAAAAAGGUUCGCAGAGAGCGAGGGCUCUACACAGCAGAGGAGCUGGCCGGAGCUUCGUCCGACUUCGAGCGGGAUCUGAUGAAGUUGGCAGACAGCGCCAUCAACGUUCCCGGUGGCUGUCUGGCCUUCCAGACUGCGCGAGCGGCUCUGGCGGAGCGCGCCCCCACCGCCGAAGUCGGCGAGAAGAUCGCUGCCUGCCCCUACAAAACGAACACAAAGGGGGUCCACGGCCACUACCUGGACAGCAUCAUCCGGGAGGUGCAGGCUGCGAAUCCGCGCCAGCCGGAGGCUGCACGGCCAGCGGCCCCAGCGGCCCCAACGGCGCCCGCGAAGCCAGCGGCGGCUGCGAAGCCGGCGGCGCGUGUGAAGCCGGCGGCGCCCGUGAAGCCAGCGGCGGCCGUGUGUGGGAAGGGGCGAAGCAGUGCUGACCCUCCCGAGGCACAGAGAAGCUUGGACUCCUUCUUUGGCGCUGGCAGGCUUGCGCAGCUCAAGCCAGCGGACUCCCCGCCUGCGAGGCCCGAGGCAGAGGCCACGGAGCAUCUCCGGAGCCAUUGCAGGGUGCUGGGCUUGGAGUACCCAGCGAGGAUGGAGGACAUCUCUGCCGCCUACAAGAAGAUGGCAUUGCUGACGCACCCCGACAAGGGCGGGAGCGAGGAACGCUUCUGCCGUGUGCACGACGCUUUCUCGGCUCUUUUGGCUGCGGCCGCCGAGGCCGCAGCCGGAUUGCCAGAGGCCAGGAACGGCCAGGAUGUGCGUGACAUGAACUCAACGAUCAGCUUCCUGCUGGCCCAGAGGCUCCUGGGCAACAACUGGGACCUGCGGGGGCACACGGCCGAGUACCUGCAAGAGUUCCAGAGGCGGCUCCUGUCCAUGGCGAGCAAGGAUCCUGGGAUUGCAGAGCAGGAGAAGGUGGCGGAGACCACGGGCCUGUUUCGACAGGGUGCUGACUAUGGGGUCGAUGUGGGCUGGCGAAACUUCAGGCUCAAGGCAACCCACAUCCCCAACCUCGAGCUUGCGCUCGCCAUCCAUGUGGCCUGCGCCGGCACGCGCCUGGCGGCACAGGCCCGCUACAACGACUACGUGGCGAAGGCAUACGGCAGCAGCGUCAAGUCUGCUGAAGAAGAGCCCCCGCUCCUCCACAGCGAGCUGCAGCUGCUUAUGGAGGAAGCUCCCUGGGCUUACCAAUUCUCUUCGGACCUUCGCGGCAAAGACAAAAGAAGGAUCAUGUCGCCCUGGAUGACGGAUCUGGAGGCUGCCCUACGGUAUCGGAGACUCAUCACAGCCGCGGUGAAGUCACCGAAGUCAAAGGCGGCAGAGGAGAAGAUCCUCAAGGAGGAGAUGUCGACGGCCGCCGCCGAGCAGCGUCUGGACGCUCUGAAGAGGCGCGACGCCUUCCUCGCGGCUGUGGAGACGGAACUGGCGUCGCGGCCCUCUGACACUGAGAAAGCCAGCGAGGUGAGCUCCCUACAGGCACUCAGCCUCCCCUUGCAGAUCAUGAACACCGAGAACGGCAUGCUCAAGAGCCAGAACGAGAGGCUGGUGGAGGACAACCAAGCGCUGCGUGCGCAGAACCAAGUCCUUCAGGAGUUCACCCUCCGCUGCUUAGUCACGAUCGUGUGGUCCUACGCUACGUUCAGGCACAAGGAGGAAGCCCUGUUUCAGUCCAUCGGCGACCACCUGAUUUCACAGGUCCAUACUGCCAAUUGCGGUGAGCUGGCGAACACAGCUUGGGCCUAUGGGCUCCUCCAGAUACAGCACGAGAGGCUGUUUCAGGAGCUGGCCCGACGCGCUGCUGUCCGCUUGCAGGACUUCAAGCAGCAGGAAGUCGCCGGCAUCAUGUGGGGCUUCGCGGCCAACAACUUUUUUCAAACGGCAUUUUUUAACAAUGCGUCGCUGGCAGCUCAGAGACUAGUGCUGACGCCACAGCAGCUGACGAACAUCCUGUGGGCUCUGACACGCAGGAAAUGCCGGCAAAAUUCGCUGCAAGCCGCGGUCAUGGCGCUCCUUCCGUCUGCCACGCGGCAGCUUGACAGGUUUAACAUGCCCGAGAUUGCCAUCUGCUCUUUGGCCGCUGCCAAGGUGGCCAAACACAUGGAAGGCAACGGCAAAGGAGGUGGGGCAAAAGUCUCCAAUGCGGUGGAUUUCUGUACGGCCGCGAUGCAGCAGGCCCUAGGCCGGCUCGGGGAGCUGUCAAACCAGCUUCUGGUGAACUUGGCCGCGGCCUUCCUGCUCGUGGGCGCCCCUGGGGCAGUUGUUGUGCUGGCGGCCGUUGGGCGCGAGGCCUUAGAUCGGAUGCAGAUGCUGGAGAACACGGUGCUGCUCCAUCUUAUCAGGGUCUUCUCCGUCGACUUGGGGAAGCUGCAGCCUCCCGCCUUGCUGGAAAGCGCCUGCCAGGGCAUGUUCCGCGCGCUCUUCGCCGAAGCCGCGCGGCGCAUGGACUCGCUCAAGCCGAGGGAGAUGCAAAGUUUAUCACUCCUUUGCGCGCAACCUCUGGGUCUGCCCGACGCCGGCGACAUGACGGCGGGAGACCUGAGAAGUUGCUGCUUCGCGCUUGCCACCACAGGUACUGGGGCGCACCAGCCUUUGUCCCUCCUGGAUGAGCUGGUAGAGGACAGACCGGCUUGCUUGAAGCACCAGGCUGUUGCCCACCACGAUGCUUGA